AUGGAACCUGUACGAGUGCCAGCUCUCAUCACUGACAAGCUCCGGCCGCACGCAAAAGAGGCACUGGCAAAAGUAAAGAAGUUUGUCGAAGAAGAAUUUAUGUUCAACCGUAUUCCUGCAGAUGAGGUCUUCGAGGCUCAAUUGGCUCUCCAUCCAGAUCAAAGAUGGAAGUCAAUGCCUCCCAUUCUCGAAGAUCUGAAGAAGCGCGCUCGCGAAUUGGGUCUGUGGAAUUUGUGGAUGCAUUCACACUUUCAAGAAGGACCCGGCUUCACCAACGUCGAGUACACACUCAUGUGCGAGACUAUGGGACGCAGUCACGUCGCACCCGAGGCUAUGAACUGCAGUGCUCCUGAUACAGGGAACAUGGAGUUACUCGCAAAAUAUGGGACCGAAGCGCAGAAGCAACAAUGGCUACGACCUCUCCUCGAUGGGAAGAUCAGGUCAGCCUAUGUCAUGACAGAAAUCGACGUUGCCGCAUCGGACGCAAAGAACCUCGCUCUGGAGAUGCGUCGAGAGGGUAACGAGUACGUGUUGAACGGCGUUAAAUGGUGGAUCAGCAGCGCCGGAGACCAACGAUGCCAACUGUAUAUCAUCUUUGCGAGGUCGAACCCGAAUGACCCGAACCCGACAAAGAGACAUAGUAUCAUUUUAGUUGACUCGAAAACUCCCGGCAUUGAGGUCAUACGGCCCCUGCGGGUCUUCGGCUUUGACGACGCACCCACUGGUCACUGUGAGGUUCAUUUCAAUCACGUCCGCGUGCCUGCUUCCAACAUCAUCCUGGGCGAGGGUCAGGGAUUCGAAAUCAUGCAAGGACGCAUGGGCCCCGGCCGUAUCCACCACUGCAUGCGAGCCAUAGGAUGUGCAGAGCGAGGCUUAGAGUACCUGAUCGCCCGAGCAAACAAACGGAUGGCGCACGAAGCGCCACUGGCCAACAAAGGUGUCGUUGCCGACUGGAUUGCACGAUCGCGCAUCGAAAUCGACGCUGCGAGACUCCUGGUCCUCAACGCCGCAGAUAAGAUCGAUAGCGGUAACGCGAAGGACGCCAUGUCCGAGAUUGCCAUGGCCAAGAUCUAUGUCCCCAACGUGGCUUUGGCGGUGCUGGAUCGGGCGAUCCAAACUCACGGCGCGGCAGGGCUCUGCCAGGAUUUCCCUUUGGCCAGAAUCUGGACAUAUCUGAGGACGGUGCGGAUUGCUGAUGGUCCCGACGAGGCCCAUGCCGCUCAGCUUGCCAGGACUGAAAACAAGCGGCAUCGGAACAUGUAA